CGGUACUUCACACUAUUCUUGAGCCGUCCACACAAUACACCCAACGACAAAGCGCUCUGACCGUCUACCAUUCGAUACGCCCUCCCGAGUCGGCAGACGACGCCCUUUUUCCAUCUUGAGACGGUGUACAAUCUCAGAGGCUUCAAUGAGGCCCUCGGAAAACUGGCGAAGCGUAUUCCUGCUUUCGCAAAGCGGCAAAAAAAAGAAGAAGAGCAAGGACGGCAAAGAUAGUCUCUCAACACCACCGCCAAAAAUUACCUUUCCGAAAACCCAGUGGGAACCACAACCUACGCCGCAGCGUCGGCACACAAUGGCGGGUCCCAUCCCACGGUCGAUGCUUGACAUCGACAGUCCUGGAUCCGACAUCUCGCCCAAAACACCCGCACAGCCUUCGGAUAUGCCCAAAUUGGACUAUUUCUCCAUUGAGCCGCAACCGCCCAAGAAAGAAGACGACACCAACGCCGCUGAUGUGGAGCCCCUGAGCCGUGUGACGACGCUUUCGAGCUAUGCAAGCCCUUCCCCGGUGAGCGCAUCAGGGAGCUUCUCGGCCGAAUCGUCGAGGACAGAGUCCCACGCAGGGAGGCCUAGAGGGUCAUCGGCUGCAUCGCUUGCUUUUGCACCGCCGCGGAAUCCAUCAUUGCCGCAGGGCAACCAGAAGAAGACGGGCAAGGAACGUAUCCGAGCAUCGUCACCCCCUCCUGAAAGGUAAGCAUUCCUUUUCUUUGCCGAAGCUCGUUUGUGUUCCUUUCCUCGCGUGUCCUCUCACCAAACACUCAAUCUGCGAAUGUCACGCCUCGUGCACCACACCGUCGCGUCUC